UCUCUCUCUCUCUCUCUCUCUCUCUCUCUCUCUAUCUCUCUCUCACACUCUAACACACACGCGCACAAACAAACACGCACACUCUCUUUCUCUUUCUCCUCUCUGCCUAUUCGACUGUCCGUCCCUCCCUCGUUCUUUCUCUUUCCCUAAUUUCUUUCUUUCUUCUUCGAUACGAUCAUACAACGUUUGGAAGCUGACGCGUUACCGUCUGUCAGCGUCGGUCUCCAUCCGCGUUCUCACGAUUCUCUUGGUUGUUACGAUCGUUGAAAGUUCCGCAACUAGAUUCGAUUUGGUUCGAUUCGAUUCGAUAAGAUACGCUUCGAUUCGAUUCGAUACAAUUCGAUUCAAUUACGUGAUGCGCGCCACAUCGUGCUCGGUAUGAGGAUCUUUCGAAUCGCGAAUCGUGGAACGCGUAUUUUGAAACGGAACAAGCGUACAAAAGAGUUUGAAAGUUGUUCGUUUGAUUCGCUGCGAGAAAGGAAGCUAGCGAGAGGAAACGUUCGAGCGACGCGAGAAGUUUGCUCGUUCGUCCGACCGAUACCGUCGAGAUGACGCUCGUAACGAACGCGGUGUCCUACGCGUGUCAAACCACUGGUAGAACGUCCUACGAGGCUUUUCGACAUCAUCAGUUGCAAAUUCGUCAUCAGCCGAACCACGGCCAUCGUUAUCAGCACCGUUUUCACCAGCAUCGACACCAUCAGCGUUACUACCAUCAUCGGCGCCGCCGAUUAUACGUUUCGGAGGAAAAUCCUGCGAUCGACUACUUGCACCAGUAUUUGUCCGAAAGGAACGUAGACCAGGGAUACAGGAGAAGCGUCGCCGAGACGGUCGGGAAAGUCUCGACGUUGGACUCGACGAAUUUGCUGCGGUGUCGAUACGAACAUCAUUUCAGGUCGCAGUCGUCUUCGUACGCUUUGGAUUCGGACGACGCGUCAUCGGUCGCGUCGGCGGACGCUUCCGUCGAUUUCGAGUCGGUGUCGGUCGAAACGGAGGAAAGCAACGAAACUAACGAACCGAACGAAUCGGCGCGGUCCGAUCGGCCAGGCCAGAAGAGUCGCGAAACCAACGAGAGGAGCGAGAAGAACGAGCAGAACGAGCAGAACGAGCAGAACGAGCAGAACGAGCAGAACGAGAAGAACGAAAAGAACGAAACCGAGCACGUGCCCCAUCCCCACGUUUCAUUGGACGCGGCGACCUCGACCCACGGACCUCGCAGAUGCCUUCUCUGGGCCUGCAAAGCCUGCAAAAAAAAGACCGUCACUGUAGAUCGUAGGAAAGCGGCCACGCUGCGGGAAAGAAGACGCUUGAGGAAGGUGAACGAAGCGUUCGAAGUUUUGAAGAGGAGAACGAGCAACAAUCCGAACCAACGACUGCCCAAAGUGGAGAUUCUGCGAAACGCGAUCGAGUACAUCGAGGGGUUGGAAGCGUUGCUGCAAGCGAACGGAACCCCGGGAACGCAAGAUCGCGGUUUCGCCGAGAAUAUGGACGCAGAUUCACCCCGAUACGUGACGGAACGGCUGCGACAGUUCUCGGACCCUUUGGCAAGGUUUCAGCCCAUUAACGGGUUCGAGCAAGCGGCCGAUCUGCAGCCGAUCCAGCUGACGGGAAGCAGCUUGGACCGCCUAAACAUGAUCGUGCAGAGCAUCAACGAUUCGUCGCGUCCGACCGCCGAAGGACUUCGACAGCACUCUUGCCAGCACUGAGAAUCGAGGAAACGGCGUUCAAAGAUUCGAACGAUUCUUCUCGGACUCUGGACUCACCGCUGGAUUCACCUCUGGAAUCACCGACUGGACAUCAAGUUCCUAGAUUCGUGCUGAAACGAAAUCUUUUCGAUGUUUGAUUCGUGCGAACGCGUUUCGUCCCGUCGUAUUCCGCAGAGUUCCGUGGCCGAAUCGUUUCUUCCGGUUCCUCUAGAGAUCUAGUCCGAUUUUCGAGGGAAGCGUCGCGAGUGGAGUCGCGCGCGCCUUCGCCAAAGAAACCUCCUGUGAACGAGAUAUUUGCAACAAUAAAGCAGAAA